AUGGUAUCAGGUAUCGAUCCGCGUGACGCAUCGGAUCGAUUAAUCCUAUUUCAGAACAAUUUCGACAAUCUGUUCCGGAAGUAUGUUACAUAUACGCAAGGUGAAGAACUGUUUGGCCUGCCUGUCACACAGUACCAACAGCUGCUACAGAUCAGUAAAGAGUUGAAGCUAUUGCAGAAACUCUAUGGACUUUACAACAACGUCAUUGAUUCUGUAAACGGUUAUCAGGACAUCCUGUGGGCAGACCUCAACAUUGACGGGAUUAAUACAGAACUACAGGAUUUCCAAACAAGAUGCCGUAAGCUGCCGCGGGCUCUGAGGGACUGGCAGGCUUAUGCAGACUUAAAGAAAAAGAUUGACGAUUUCAAUGAGAUUGUCCCAUUACUACAACUCAUGAGCAAUAAAGCGAUGAAAAAUCGUCAUUGGCGGAGAAUGACGGAAGUUACCGGACAUACAUUUGAUGUCGAAGGCGACAACUUUCUCUUGAAAAACAUCCUGGAGGCACCAAUACUCAAGUACAAAGAAGACAUUGAAUCUAUCUAUCUAUCUAUCUAUCUAUCUAUCUCAGUCUGUCCAUAUCUUUAUCAGUCUGUCCAUAUCUAUCUAUUUCAGUCUGUCCAUACUACUCGGUCAAUGAAAGCCAGAUUUUUCCACAAGCAGCGAAUCUCUCUCUCUCUCUCUCUCUCUCUCUCUCUCUCUCUAUCUAUCUAUCUAUCUGUCUUAGUCUUUAAAUUAUCUAUCUAUCUAUCUAUCUAUCUAUCUAUCUAUCUAUCUAUCUAUCUUAGUCUUUAUCUAUCUAUCUAUCUAUCUAUCUAUCUAUCUAUCUCAUCUGUUCAUAUCUAUCUAUUUCAGUCUGUCCAUACUACUCGGUCAAUGAAUGCUAUAUCUUUGUACAAGCAGCGAUUCUCUCUCUCUCUCUCUCUCUCUCUCUUCACACAGGACAUCUGUAUCUCGGCUGAUAAAGAAAAAGACAUUGAAGCUAAGCUGAAGCAAGUCACUGAAGAAUGGGACAACAAGCAAUUCACUUUUGCUACGUUCAAGAAUCGUGGAGAGCAGCUGCUUCGUGGAGAUUCAACAAGCGAAAUCGUCAGUUUGAUGGAAGACUCGCUUAUGGUUCUAAGCGCUCUCAUGAGCAACAGAUACAAUGCACCUUUCAAGAAGUCCAUUCAAGAGUGGGUGAAUAACUUAUCCAAUUCAUCAGAGAUCAUCGACAACUGGCUGACAGUUCAGAAUUUGUGGGUUUAUCUGGAGGCCGUCUUUGUGGGUGGAGACAUUGCGAAACAACUCCCCAAGAAUUUAAUACUUUCUUUCUUUCUUUUUUCUUUUUUCUUUUUUUACACACAGACAAUUUCUUUUUUCUUUCUUUCUUUCUUUCUUUCUUUUUCUUAUUUACACACAGACACUUUCUUUCUUACACAGACACAAUCUUUCUUUUUUUCCUUUUUACACACACUUUCUUUCUUACACAGAGACACUUUCUUUCUUUCUUUCUUCUUUCUUACACACAGGCAAGUUCUUUCUUUCUUUUUUACUCACAGACAAUUUCUUUCUUUCUUUCUUUCUUUCUUUCUUCCUUUCUUUCUUUCACACAGACACGUCCUUUUUUUCCUUUUUAAACUUUCUUUCUUUCCUUUCCUUUUCUUUCUUUCUUUCUUUCUUUCUUUCUUUCUUUCUUUCUUUCUUUCUUACACACUGACGCGAUCUUUCUUUUUUCCUUUUUACACAUACAUACUUUCUUUCUUUUUUCUUCUUUCUUUUUUUACACACAGACAAUUUCUUUCUUUUUCUUAUUUACACACAGACACUUUCUUUUUUCCUUUUUACACACACUUUAUUUCUUACACACAGACACAUUCUUUCUUUUUUCUUUCUAACACACAGGCACGUUCUUUCUUUCAUUUUUUCUUUCUUUCUUUCUUUCUUUCUUUCUUUCUUUCUUUCUUUCCUUUCUUUUUAAACUUUCUUUCUUUCUUUCUUUCUAACACACAGGCACGUUCUUUCUUUCAUUCUUUCUUUCUUUCAUUCUUUCAUUCUUUCUUUCUUUCUUUCUCACAGACACGUUCUUUCUUUUUUCUUUCUUUUCAAUUUCUUUCUUUCUUACACACAUACACUUUCUUUUUUCUUUCUUUCUUUUUUACUAACAGACAAUUUCUUUCUUUCUUUCUUUCUUUCUUUCUUUCUUUUGCACAGACAUGCCCCUUGCUCCUUUCUUUCUUUUUGUUUUCUUUCUUUUUUACACACAGCCAAAUCUAUAAUCAAAAAGAAGUUUGUUGA